UCCCUGACGGCAGCCGGGCGCUCGGCCGUGGCCGCUGUGUCUGGGCUGAGCGCCGCGACGCCGCGCCGGAAACCCUCCCGGGUCUUGAGGCGUAUGGAACCUCAAGGUCUUUAUGACAAUGGAAACAAAAAAGUUGAUUGGCAAACCGCUUCAACCAGCAAGACCUGUUCGUCAUCUCUCUUCUCCUCCAGGACCAGUGUUCCCUUUUAACUUUCAGAAUGAAUAUCCAUGUAACACUCAGUGCUUACAAAGUGGAGUUGGCAGAUGCAAGACGAAUGGAAUGCAAGCCUUUUCUCAAGGUCUGAACGAGCAGCAGCAGCACCAGUCUCCAGUUAAGAAAGAGAGAAUUAAAUACAGCAGAGAUUUCUUGUUGAAGCUUUCAAGUGUUUCCAUCUGCAGAAAAAAACCAGACUUUCUGCCUGAUCAUCCUAUUGUACUUCAAAACCCAGAACACAACCAAAGUUUUAAGUAGCAUUUUAAGAACAGAUGAAUUUGAAGAUAAAGAAUUAUAU